UUUCAGUCAGUCGUCAUUCAGGUCGCCGCUUGCGCGCUUCAUUCGGCCUCCAAUGCGGUCGUUCCAUUACCUUCCACUACACUGCAUAAUCUUAUCCAACAUCGCCAUUGGGUGAUAACUUAUCAGUGCUAUGACGCGACAGUACAUUUUAAACUUUUCACAAGAUAAGCGACUCUGUAGUGAUUAAAAUUUUACUGUGAACGGGUGUAGAAUGUGCGUGCACUGACGUUCUUGCUAAGGAAAACCGUGAUACCGUUACAAAGUGCCCGACUGCAAUGUCGUUAUUCAAGAAGAAGGCGCCUAAGUAUGCGCCUCCUCCGGUGCCGCCUACCCCCACAGAGGAAGUACAGCAGCAGCAAAACGGAGUGGACAAUAACAAUGGAUCUCAGAAAUCCCAGUUGGUAUUCCACUGCCAACAAGCACACGGUAGUCCUCUGGGACUCAUCUCGGGAUUCUCCAACGUUAAGGAGCUCUAUCAAAAGAUAGCGGAGUGCUAUGAUUUUCCACCGGAAGACAUUUUAUUCUGCACCCUGAAUACACACAAAGUAGACAUGAAAAAACUACUUGGUGGACAAAUAGGCUUAGAAGAUUUUAUAUUUGCACAUAGGAAGGGUCGGCCUAAGGAGAUUGAAAUUGUAAAAACAGAAGAUGCGCUGGGUUUGACGAUCACGGAUAAUGGUGCAGGAUAUGCUUUCAUUAAAAGAAUAAGAGAGGGAUCAAUAGCAUCAAGAAUAGCACAUAUAGAGAUUGGCGAUCACAUUGAGAAGUUGGACGGAGAAAAUAUGGUUGGAAAAAGACAUUAUGAAGUUGCCAAGAUGUUAAAAGAUAUCCCAUUAGGAACAACGUUCAUAAUGAGACUUGUAGAACCAUUAAAAAGCGGGUUUAAUAGUAUCGGCCCUAAAUCUGGUAGCGCUAGGUCUGGUAAAAAACAGAGUUACGGUUCCGGGAAAGAAACUCUCAGAUUUAAAGCAAAUGGUCAAGCCACAAUAGAAAAUGACCAUGACGAGGGAUCUAAAGCUGGUAUAGAAAAAAUCAACCAACUAUUGGAAACAUUCAUGGGCAUCAAUGACACGGACUUGGCGACGCAGAUGUGGGACCUCGCUGACGGCAAGAGCAAUUCUAUGGAGCUGGCCGAUGCCAUAGAUAACAGCGAUCUUCAGGAAUUCGGCUUCACUGACGAGUUUAUUAUAGAACUUUGGGGCGUUAUCACAGACGCACGCUCUGGGAGACUCAGUUAAGAGGGACUGACGGUGGCAAAUAUAGUGACGGGUUGAGGAUGAAUUAUUUUUGUACAAAUAGUUGUGAUAAUGAAAAUGAUAUAUAUAUAUAUAUAUAUAUUAUAUUUAAAUCUAUUGGUGGACAAAGAUACUCAGCCAUUUUGUAAAGUUUUAUUGUACCCAGUGUGCUUAUGAUGGCCAUAGUCGAUGAAUGAAAAUAUGUAAUUAUCAAGUUAGAUGCAGG